CGAUUUGCCAAAAAAAGGGUUUACGUUUAUCAGGACUACAAGUAACAGUUGUGUGGAGGGUUUGUAGCUACAAAAACCCUACGUACGUGGGCACUUGGGAAAUAACUGCUGCUGUCGUGCUGAGCUUGAUGCACUUGAUUCCGAGACUAACCUGAGCAAUUACUGGAUCAGCUGCGAGCUAGCCGGUCAUAUCCUGGGAAUAUUCUGUGCCUUUGCGUUUGAGUUUGAGCGAGAAUCACGCUGUGAGAACAUACGUAUAUACCGGCUAAGUACCCAGGGUUCAUUCAAUUAGCUGCCGGCAUGCCAAGCACUGGAAUAAUGAUGAAGACAAUGACUUAAAAAUUAUAGGCAUUGCUACCUGCCCGUGUAUUAUAGACUACUGCCAGUACUGGUGCUUACCGUGGACGCAACUUUGCUCUCACGACGUGGAAUUGGAGAUCCCGUACGACCAGCGCGCGCGUCCAGAUAUUCAGGACAUUUGAGUUCACCCGCCGGUCACGGUUUGCAAACUACCCAAUUCGUCCUGGCACCAUUCACAUUCGAAGGAUAACGUCAAAAUAAUAGUGUAGCAUGUUGACCGACUACGGCAUGAAAGUGCUGACUGGCACCGGCUUCAGCUUUGCCUUCUGGAGCAGCCUGUACGCCACUGCCAACUGGUUCAAUCCCAAACGGAGUAGCGAGUGGAACUGUCGGAUUGUCACUUUCAUUCAUGGAGUCGUAUUAGUCAUCUGUACAAGUUGGUCAGUGUUUGUCAUUGGUCCAGUUCCGUACAGACAGGAAGCUCUUGGCUUGAAGACUAGCGCUCUGCAAGAGAAUUUGCUGAUAAUAUCAUUUGGAUACUUUCUAUUUGAUCUGCUCUGGUGUCUGGUCAUGCAAACGGAAGGACUCCUAAUGCUAGUGCAUCACCUCACGACUGUGGUCAGCAUUGCUAGUAUGCUGUUCAUUGGGGUUUCUGGUGCUGAGGGUACGGCCACGCUCCUCGGCACGGAGAUAUCCAACCCUUGCCUGCAGGCACGCUGGUUCCUGAAGCAGACCGCGUCCUACGAGUCGACGCUCGGCACGUACGUCGACCUGACGUUCGUGCUGCUUUUCGUCGUCGUUCGUAUCGGCGUCGGCGGUUGGCUGUUCGUAGUAACCAUGGCGUCGCCGAAAGUGCUUCUAGCCGUAAAGCUCGGAGGCGUGGUGUUGUACGGCAUCAGUUUGCUCUUCCUUGGGCAGAUCCUUCAGUUCGCGUACCGCAAGUUCUAUGGCAUCAAGCGGCCCGUCCCGGAGCACGGCAAGGCAGGGAUCGCGGUGAACGGCAACGGAGUGACGAAACACAAGAAGUCCUAACUUGUGCACUGAUUGGCUGUGGACGACUUCAAAAUUUCUAGGGAUAUGUGAACAUUUUUUUAAAAGUUUCUUAGUUAUUUUCGCUGUAAAUUUCUCUAGUGAUCUGUCUAGUGAUCUGUCUAGUGAUUUGUGUAGUGAUCUGCUAAUCCGUCUAGUGACCUGCUAAAUCAGUAUAGCGAGCUGGCGAGACCCCUAUUGAGGCACUUGGUUCCUUUUUAGUUUUGAUUUUAAAUGUUCUACUCUCGGACUAUCUCGAACCGGAAUUACCAGACGUACUGUUAUUUUUUUGCCAUGUCUUCAACGCAGCAUUUUUUAUGAAGAUUGGAGAGCAAAUAACAGUUACUGUACCUGUAUGAACGUUUUUAUUACCUCUACCAUGGAUAUCAAAUGGCUACGCAACAGUCACUAAUACUUACUUUGUCUCCUGGCGGAGGCUGCCCAUGA